CACGCCUCUCGCAACAACAUUUGCUAUCACGACAAUUACGCCCGCUUUCCUGCCGUCAUCUCACACGAAGCUGCGUUGAUCGUAUCCAACAAGUCCGACUAGCAAGCACAUACUCAACCCAACAUGGCAAACCCUAUGGACGCCAUCACGACAGGCUGCCUCCGCCGCGUUUUCGCUGGCGAGCAGAUCCAGGAUCCUGUUGUUCAAUGUGUUCAGAUCAAGCCCAUGAACAACUCAGCGACCGGUGUCGAGAGAUUUCGCGUUGUCUUCAACGACACUGUCAACUUCAUCCAGAGCAUGCUUGCUCAGCAGACCAAUCACAUAGUGCACGAUGGCAAGCUGAAGAAGGGCUCUCUUGUAAAGCUCAAGCAAUUCCAAGCCAACUCCGUCAAGGACAAGCCCAUUCUCGUUAUCAUCGACCUUGAAGUCCUCGACGAGUACGGCGAGUGCGACAAGCUGGGUCAGCCCGGUCCGCUUGAGGUUGUCAAGUCCGAAUCCGACUCUGCUGCCGCCCCGACACCUCAAGCUCAACCCGCUGCCAUCUCUGGUAACCAGUUCUACGGUAACAAGCCUCAACAACAGCAACCACAGCAACAGCAGCAAUCCGCUCCACAAAAACAACUCCCAACACGCUCGAGUGGUCAAAACGGCCCCCGGGGCAGCAACAUCCACCCUAUCGAAGCUUUAUCACCAUACCAGCCCAAAUGGACCAUCAAGGCUAGAUGUUCGCAAAAGGGCGGUAUCAAGGAGUGGCACAACAAGAACGGAGAGGGCAAGCUCUUCAGCUGCAACUUCCUCGACGAGAGUGGCGAGAUCAGAGCAACUGGCUUCAAAGAGGCCGUCGACCAGUGGUACGAAUUCAUACAGGAAGGCUCGGUCUACUAUGUAUCCAACUGCAAGGUUCAAUUGGCCAAGAAGCAAUUCUCCAACGUCAACCACGAUUACGAGCUCACCUUCGAAAGAGACACAAUCAUUGAGAAGGCCGAGGAUAACGAGGGAGUCCCUCAGAUCACCUACAACUUCACCACUCUCGCCGAUCUUCAGAGCGUUGAGAAAGACACAACCAUCGAUACCAUCGGUGUUCUCAAGGAGACUGGCGAAGUCAGUGAGAUUGUCUCGAAGACCACGUCCAAGCCCUUCAGCAAGCGAGAGCUGACUCUGGUUGAUAACACGGGCUACAAUGUUCGCCUCACCAUCUGGGGCAACACGGCCAUGAGCUUUGACGUUGCUCCCGAAACCGUCAUUGCCUUCAAGGGUGUCAAGGUCAGCGACUUUGGAGGUCGCAGUCUGUCCCUUCUGUCAUCAGGCACGAUGGCCGUCAAUCCCGACAUUGACGAUGCUCACAAGCUCAAGGGCUGGUACGACGCUCAAGGCCGCAACGAUACUUUCUCAUCACACACCGGCAUGGCUUCCACGUCGACGAGUGGACGCAACGACCAGAUGAAGACAAUCGCACAAGUACGGGACGAAAACCUGGGUAUGGGCGAAUCAACAGACUACUUCUCCCUCAAGGCUACCAUCGUCUUUGUCAAGUCAGACAGCACUUUUGCUUACCCUGCCUGCCUGUCAGAAGGUUGCAACAAGAAGGUCGUCGAAGUUGCAGAGGGGGAGUGGCGCUGCGAGCGAUGUGACAAGGGCUGGCCCAAGCCUGAGUGGAGAUACAUCAUGAGCAUCAACGUCAGUGACCACACUGGACAGAUGUGGUUGAGCUUGUUCGACGAUGUUGGCAGAAUGAUCAUGGGCAGACCUGCCAACGACAUUAUGCAAAUGAGAGAUGAGAUGAGCAGUGGUGAGAAGGAGGUGUUUGCCAACGCAGUUUGCCAGACCUAUGUCUUCAGAUGCAGAGCCAAGAUGGACACAUUCCAGGACCAGCAGAGGGUUCGUUACCAAGUAUCCUCAGCAGGCCCAGUCAACUGGUCAGCCGAAGGAAAGAAGCUUGCCGACUUGAUCAAGCAGUACAGCAUCUCGGACAAUUCGGACAGUCUGUUUGUUAACUAGGGUGAUGGUGUAUAUUGAGAGAUUGGCAGUGUUAUGCCAGAAUUGUAGCAACGGAGAUUGCGAUGAGACUGUCAGAUGAUUUGGCGCAGAGCUGGAGGAUCGAAGAGAAGGAUGACUUCGUGUACAAAAUACCAUGUUGCUAAUGAUGCCGUAAUGAAGAAGAAGAAAGUUUAAGCAAAGAGCAUUGACGAUGAUGUGGGCUUCGUGAAAGUUCCAGGACGGAGUUUGACCCCGCAUUUCGGGCGUGUUGACUGACGCAACUGAUCAUGGAGCUUCACUUGAACAUGAG